AUGGCGACAGUGCAGCAGCUAGCAGCCGGCCCGACGCCGGCACGACCACGAAGCAUUAAUGGCGCACGGGAUGUCAGCAUGGACGUCGACGCGAGUCCCUCCCACGCCCCGUCAAAAUGUCUGAAUAAGUUUGGCAGCGGGCCACAAAAGGGCGACACCCGGAUCGUUGUCAUUGUGUAUGGCGAAGGACAGGACAAGAUAGUCUCGGUUUUUGCUGACGUGCUUGGCAAGCCCUUCGGAAUCAAGUCUGGAUUCAAAGAGGUCAGUCCCGCGGAUCAGGGAGUCGUGGUUGGUAUCGCGGCAAGCCACGCCCAGGGUGACAUAGCAAGCCGGGACAAAGAUCUCGUCGUGGCCAUUCAUGCCCACUGUGUCAACCUCGGUAUGCCGCCAGACCUUCAUCUUUCGAGCGAGUGCGACUACGAGUUUUUAUACACCGAGGCUCCUUUUUUCCGGCGGGAUCUGUCAAGGUUCAUCUCAUUCACUCUUGGACAGAUCAACCAUCACGAGACCUUGAUGGCAAAACCAAGGACGUACUUCAUCUCGACGACGUUUCCCGACGUGAGCGCGGCGUUACCCAACCUUGAUAUUUUAACGGUCGGCGCAGAUGCGGUGGAGAUUCGAGUUGAUCUGCUACAGGAGCCACUUGGCGACGGAAACCAUUCAGCCAUCCCUAGCCUCAGUUAUAUCGGUCAGCAGGUCAUGCUGUUGCGCCAGCGAACGGAACUGCCGAUCAUCUUCACAACCAGAUGCACCCGAGAAAAUGGCCGCUUCCCCAUGGAAAACCCCGAGUUGUACUACGAAUAUCUGUACCGAGCCAUUCAGUGGGGCGUCGAGUACAUCGACGUUGAGCUCUGGCUCCCUGAAGACAUUAGACAACGGCUUUUCCAGCGAAGGGGUAACAGUCGCAUCAUGUCCGCCUUUCAUGAUUUCUCGGGCACGUUCCGCUGGCCCUCUACGCACGCUCAGCAAGUCUAUGCCGAGUCGAGAAAGUAUGCAGAUAUCAUCAAGAUGAUCACUAUCAUCAAUGAUCACCACGAAAACUUUGAGCUCGAGUAUUUCCGCUCCAAAAUGAGGGCCGAAUACCCAGACUCGCCUCCGUUUUCUGGUGUAAACAUGGGGGAGACUGGGCAAUUCUCGAGAACCCUCAACCGCGUCUUCACUCCCAUCACGCAUCCGCUGCUACCCAUUGUGGCCGCUCCCGGUCAGAUGAGCGCGUCUGAGAUCAACGCGGCCCUGGCGUUGCUGGGACAACUUCCAAAGAAGACUAUCUGGGGGAUCACCAGCCCGUCGUUCAGGAGCUGGGUCCCGCAGGCCCCUUUUUAUGAGAAGUGCUUCAACGAGCUAGGCUUGCCCCAUCAUUUCGCCGUCGUGGAACGCCAACCGAACAAUAUAACGAGCAUGGAGGCCUGGUGUAACCAAAAGAACUUUGGUGGUGCUUACCUGAGUCCCCCGAUCUCGUGGACCAGCCUUUUGAAGCACAGCCCUUUCUUCGCCUCUCUCAACCAGGGCAAAGGACCCGAACUCACCGAGGCCGCUCGCGUCAUCGGGACUGUCGAUACCAUCGUCGUCAAGACGGGCUCAUCAUCUUCGGCCUCUUCAGCGCCGCCGUCGAUCCCCUCAAGCCCACGCAAUUACGACGCCUUCAACAACUACACUCCCGGCGCGUCGAUCCUUCCAGCCAACACCUCCCUUGUCCUAGACAAUGCCAGCUGGAGGGGCAUCUUGAGUGCUCUGACCCGUGAUCUGGCGCCGUCUGCCUACUUCGGUCGAUCUGCCGUUGUGUUGGCCUCGUCCGGUGACGAUGCGGCAUCGGUCAUGUUCGCACUCAGAGCGCUGCGCAUCGGCAAGAUAUACACUGUUGGAUUCCGGACCCCCUCAGCGCUUGCCAGAGAAGGCCCGGCCAUCGAACCGUUCAACAGCCUCGAAAGUCUGCAAAGAGCUCGCAUGGUUGGUGAUGACGCCGCGCCCUUUGUCAUUGUGUCAGCUCUGGGGCCUGAAAAGAGCAACCUCGUUGGCAUGUUGAUUCGCGUCUUUGGUGCAAACGGACGCGGGGGCUCGAACAAUACUCGCAAAGUCUUUUUGGAUCUCGCGGACACAGCAGGUAUCAGAAAGGGCGGAGACCCAAGCAUCGUCGCCGAGCAGAGUGGCUUCUCGGCUUAUGGCUCGGCAGACACGGCGGCUUUCACCACAGUCGAGACCCUCAGGCUGCUCGUCGGUCAGAACGUGCCCUAUAGUUUCGUUCGUCUUGCCAGCGGUCGAAGCUUGUUCUGA